AUGAAGGCAGCAGAGAUCAGAUUGUCUCUGCACAGACCUCUACAGCACCGAGACCCACACAAGGCUCCUACAAUCACUGCAGCAAUGACCAACUCUCAGGAGCAUCUGACUCGGAGCCACAAGCUCAGAAAGCCUCUGGUGGAGAAGUUACGCAGAGAGCGAAUCAACAGCAGCAUCGAGCAGCUCAAGUCUCUCCUGGGGCCAGAGUUCCUCAACCAGCAGCCAGACUCCAAGCUGGAGAAAGCAGACAUCCUGGAGAUGACCGCUUGCUUCAUGACACAGCUGCUGCAGCAGAACCAGCAGCAGAGAAGACUGGUGAAGCACUUCAACAAGCUGCAGUCUUCCUCUGAGGAGAAGCUGAGAGAGGCUGACUUCUCUCCUCUGAGCUCCACAGUCCAGAGCAGCAUCACCAAAGACAAGGGUCAAGUCAGUAGUGCCCCCUGGAGGGCGUGGUAGACUCCUACAGACUGGAGUUACCAGCAGACAAACUGGGACCAGCUCAGUGGUCAGAGACGACUGGAAGUGAAUUCCAUGACAUGUGAGGACUUGUUCUUCUGUAUGAACAGAAACAUGUAUUUGUGUGUUGGACGUUUCCUGAGGAAAAGAAGCAACAAUAUCUUUCAAGUGAAGAAAGAAAACAUCUUGUCAUGCAUUUUGCAUGAAUCAGAUCUGACUGCAUCAGUUAUUAUUAUCACCCCUCACUGUGUCAGUGAUGUAUCAUCAUAUGGUUUGUUACCUGUUGAUUAACAUUGAUCUUUGCUGUGAAAACAUCUAAAUGUCCUAUUUGUGGGCGUGUUUUCAUCAGGAUUUUAACUUUGAAUUUCUCUGAAUCAGUGAUAUAUCAUUUCAUGAUAACAUUUAUUAAUAAUAUACCUCACUGUACUUCAUGGUUGAAGAGAACACAGUGGAAACAUUUUAAUAUGUUUCAUCAAUAUUGAUCAUUUUGAUCAGAAACGUUAAAUCUCUGUUAUUUGCCAAAUUUGAUCUGUUGUAAGAUCCAAAUGAUUAUUUUCUUCUUAAAGAUAUUUUUUUAAUAUCACUUUGUCACAAUUUUCCAGUGACUGUUGUGUUUUUAUUAGAAACACUGAUGUGGAAAUUUUGUCAGUAUAUUCUUUACUUCACUUUAAUCUCUGUUGAGAAAAAUGUUUUAUUUCCUGUGGAAAAUAAUGAAAAAGAGAAACUUUAUCUUUCACAUUCAGAAAGAAUCUUUGUGCUGGUGCAUGAAUCUAGUCAAUCAUAAAUGACUGUUCACAUGUGUGUCACUGUACCAUCACUUUGUGGCAUUAGUGAAGAACACUUCUACGACUGCACAGAUGUAUUUGUCCUCUCUUUGGACACUUUUUACAGAAUCGACUUGGACAUUUGAUCAGUUUUCAGAUCACUUUGUACUUUCAUCCUUUUGUUUAAAAGGUUUGCUCUUUAAGAUGAUACAUCACAGUGAUUUUUGUUGUACAAAAAUGUCCUGAUUAACAACCAGCAUUGAUCACUUUGUGAUUAUCUCUACUUGAUCUGAUCUGAGAUCAGUUGUAAGGUAAUUUAGAAAAGUUUGGUAUGAAACUGGAUGAUGAUGAAUCUCGUUUGUCUUUUGUGAAGACAGAAGUUCCUCUACUCAUUUUGAGCACAGUGUUUCUUGGAAAUGUCACCAAGUUGUUGUUGUGAUGCAUCAUCACAUGUGUCUGCUUCGAUUAGAAGUUUUUA